AUGGGGUAUCAUCCCACAGAUCUUUCCCGUGGACUGCUUGACGUGACCUACUCCGAGGCGCAAUCCUACACAAGUCAGCUCACGGACGUCAUGUGCUACUUACACGGUCAGCGCAUCAUCCACGGAGAUCUCAAGCUAGGGAACGUUCUCCUAGACAGAGCCGGCGUGGUCAAACUCUGUGACUUCGGUCACUCUCAGGUCAUUCCCCAGGAUACAGACAAGCCCAACGGGUGGGGAGGCACCAACGGUUAUCUGCCACCAGAGUUAUACGACAGCCAAGUUCACAACGCCUUCAAGAUGGACAACUACUCCCUGGGCAUCUUGCUGUGGGCUUUGUUCUUCGGGACUGCUCCUUGCGACAACAUUGAUUAUCUGAACGAAGUGGACAACGGUUGGUUUCUCAAGCCACAACACACGCACUGUCUUCAGCGGCUUCUGACUCUAACCCCUACACUCCGAGCACACAUUUGGGAGAUUGCUGGGAUUCUCAAGGACGAGGAUACAUCAGAACGUUGCGUGAGGAAGGGCUCUGUGUGUUCUCUGAGCUCCGAGAGUUCUUCGGACUCUGCUCAAGCGAACCAGUCAUCUCCAGACAACGGUUCUUCUGUAACGGAACGUCCAGAGAGUGCGGCCGUGUGGAACCAGUUCCUUGCCCCACCACCCCCACACCCCCAGGCCACAUCCUGCUACCUUCUUCCUCAAACGGCAUAUCCUGACAGUGGAGACGUCACAACCAGCCUGGCUCCGACUUGGCCGCCUCUUCACAAAGACCUUUGAAAUGUACAACUCAGCAAUUCUUGGACAUUCUCUCCAACAACUUCCAGAUGUUGGGUCAGUCUGAGCGGCCAUCUCCUGGUAACGUUUUUCCUGACCGGAAUUCUCCACAAGGCUCAGCUGGCUUCAACCAGGACAUGCCUGUGUUCUCUGUCUCUUCACCAUGGACCUCGGGCUUUGGUAUAUCGGACUAAGAGAGAAUGAGAGAGAGAGAGAG